CUUGUCAGGUGACUUGCCGAGAGGUCUGCUCAUGUGACACAGUAUGGAGGCGUCGGCAUAGGAAUCGUCACUUGUUGGGAACGAGACUGUUAGGUGGAAUCAGCUUCUUUUUUAAAUACUGUAAAGCCAAGCAUAUCCAUAUUUAAACUUCUAAUGUCACUGAAAUGAAGGGAAUAUGGGCGCCAAGGAGUCACGGAUAGGAUUCCUUACCUAUGAUGAGGCCAUCAAACGAGUUACCGAUGUUGAAUUAAAACGACUAAAAGAUGCUUUUAAGAGAACUUGUGGCCUGUCAUGUUAUAUGAAUCAGCAAUGCUUCAUUAAGGAAGUUCUUGGAGAUGGAGUUCCACCAAAAGUAGCUGAGGUUAUCUAUAAUUCAUUUGGUGGAUCAUCAAAAGGCCUUCAUUUCAACAAUUUGAUAGUUGGACUGGUCCUUCUUACCAGGGGAAGAGAUGAAGAAAAAGCAAAAUACAUUUUUAGCUUGUUUGCUAAUGAAUCAGGAAGCUAUGUUGCUCGAGAUGAGAUGGAGAAGUUGCUCCGAUCCUUGGAUAAAGAGGUUCCCCCAUCUCUUAAAAAGUGUUUCUCAGAGGGUGACAAAGUAAACUAUGACAAGUUUAAGAACUGGCUGCUACAGAACAAAGAAGCGUUUACCUUUUCCCGCUGGCUGUUGUCUGGGGGUGUGUGUGUUACUCUCACAGAUGACAGCGAUACUCCCACUUUUUAUCAAACUCUUGCUGGAGUCACUCAUUUAGAGGAAUCUGACAUCAUUGACCUUGAGAAGCGUUACUGGCUGCUGAAAGCUCAGUCAAGAACAGGACGUUUUGACUUGGAAACUUUUGUCCCUUUGGUUUCACCACCCAUUCAUCCUUCUCUGAGUGAAGGUUUAUUUAAUGCAUUUGAUGAAAAUUGUGACAAUCACAUUGACUUUAAGGAAAUCUCAUGUGGGCUGUCAGCGUGCUGUAGAGGACCUCUGGCUGAAAGGCAAAAAUUUUGUUUUAAGGUAUUCGACAUUGAUCGUGAUGGUAUUUUGUGUCACGCUGAACUAGAAGAUAUGGUUAUCGCACUUUUGGAAGUCUGGAAGGACAAUCGCACUGAUGUUAUUCCUGAGUUGCACAUGAGUACUUCUGAAAUUGUAGACAGCAUCCUGAAAUCCCAUGAUACAACAGAGUUAGGACAUCUGACACUAGAAGACUAUCAGAUCUGGAGUGUGACAAGUGUUCUUGCACAUGAGUUUCUAAACCUUCUUUUCCAGGUUUGUCACAUAGUUCUGGGUCUAAGGCCUGCUACUCCAGAAGAGGAAGGGCAGAUUAUUAGGGGAUGGCUAGAAAGAGAAAGCAGACAUGGCUUUGAACCUGGACAUACGUGGUUCCUCAUUUCAGAACAGUGGUGGCACCAGUGGAAGGAUUAUGUCAGAUACGAUACAAAACCUAUCGUAGAAGAACCCACUUCAGUUGUGUGUGUUGGAAAAUAUCUGCCCUCAGGUGUGAAUUUGGAUCAAGGGAGUGACAGAUCUUCAUUGACAAAUUCUUUCAGCUCCCCAGAAGAAAAGUGUUUGGAUAACAUAUCAAGUGCUUCAGAAGCAUCAGAAUCUACUGGCAGUAGCUUCAUGUACUCCAGUUUAGCAGUAGCUGAUGGUUGCUUUUCUAGGCAGCACAAUAGUAUGGAGAACAAUAACCAGUGCUUCUUAGUGGCCAAUGGAAAUGGCUUACCAUUGCAACCCCAGAAGCCCGGGGCCAUUGACAACCAGCCACUGAUUGCAUCAGAGGGUGUGAAGGUUCCUUCCCUAACCCAAGAAGGUGGAAGAUUAAAGCGAUCAUUACAGUUAGUUCGAGGCAGAGAUUUUGAAAUGGUUCCAGAGUCUGUAUGGAGGGCUCUUUACCAUUGGUAUGGUGCAAACGUAUCUUUGCCUAGGCCUGUUAUUAAAAAUGCAAAGACAAGCCAGCCUGAAUUGGAGUAUUUUCCUCGCUAUUUGCUAUUUCUGAGGCAACAACCUGCAACAAGGAAUCAGCAGUCUAAUAUAUGGAUGAAUAUGGGUAUGAUGAGCCUCCGAAUGUUUCCACAACAUUUACCAAGAGGAAACGUACCAUCUCCAAAUGCACCUUUAAAACGAGUAUUAGCAUAUACUGGCUGCUUUAGUCGUAUGCACACCAUUAAAGAUAUUCAUGAAUACCUGUCACAGAGACUGCGAAUAAAAGAGGAAGAUAUGAGACUGUGGCUUUUCAUCAGUGAGAACUACCUUACUCUCCUGGAUGAUGAGGAUCACACUUUAGAAAGUUUGAAAAUUCAGGAUGAGCAGCACAUGGUUAUUGAAGUUAGAAAUAAGGACAUGAGUUGGCCAGAGGAAAUGUCUUUUAUAGCAAACAGCAGUAAGAUUGACAGACACAAAGUUCCAACUGAAAAGGGUGCAACAGGACUAAGUAAUUUAGGAAACACGUGUUUCAUGAAUUCCAGUAUUCAGUGCGUUAGUAAUACACAGCCACUGACGCAGUACUUCAUCUCAGGGGGACACCUUUAUGAAUUGAACAGGACAAACCCCAUUGGUAUGAAGGGGCAUAUGGCAAAAUGUUAUGGGGAUUUGGUUCAAGAACUCUGGAAUGGGACUCAGAAGAAUGUGGCACCAUUAAAACUCAGGUGGACAAUUGCAAAAUAUGCUCCCAGAUUUAAUGGGUUCCAACAGCAAGACUCCCAGGAGCUUCUGGCAUUUUUAUUGGAUGGUCUUCAUGAGGACCUCAACAGGGUUCAUGACAAACCAUAUGUGGAACUGAAAGACAGUGAUGGUCGCUCAGACUGGGAAGUAGCAACUGAGGCCUGGGAAAACCACUUAAGACGGAAUAAAUCCAUAGUAGUGGAUUUGUUUCAUGGGCAAUUAAAAUCACAAGUUAAGUGUAAAACAUGUGGCCAUGUCAGUGUACGUUUUGACCCGUUUAACUUCCUCUCACUGCCAUUGCCAAUGGAUAGUUACAUGCACUUAGAAAUUACAGUGAUCAAAUUAGAUGGUUCCACCCCUAUCCGAUAUGGUCUGCGCUUAAAUAUGGAUGAAAAGUACACUGGCUUGAAGAAGCAAUUAAGUGACCUUUGUGAACUGAAACCAGAACAGAUCCUUCUGGCUGAAGUCCAUAGCUCAAAUAUAAAGAAUUUCCCCCAGGAUAAUCAGAAAGUACGAUUGUCAGUAAAUGGGCUUUUGUGUGCUUUUGAAGUUCCUGUUCCAGGAUCUCCAGUUUCUGCCUCAUCCCCUACACAGACAGAGAUCUCAUCAGUACCAUCAGCAGAUGGAAAACACAUCAUCACCUCUAAUGGAAACCUUCCCAAACCAUCACUUAUUCCUAAUGGAAUGCCAAGUACUGUGGUGCCAUGUGGAGUAGAGAAGACCAUAGCAAAUGGAGUACCAAAUGGACAUGUGCUAACACUUUUAGAUAGCCGUUUCACAGGCUACAUCAUUGCAAUGCACAGGAAAAUGAUGCGAACAGAACUGUAUUUCCUGUCCUCUCAGAAAAACCGACCUAGCCUUUUUGGGAUGCCGUUGAUUGUCCCCUGUACUGUUAGUACAAGAAAAAAAGAUUUGUAUGAUGCUGUAUGGAUUCAGGUUUCACGUCUUGUUAGCCCUCUCCCUCCUCAGGAAGCAAGCAAUCAUGCACAAGACUGUGAUGACAGUAUGGGAUACCAAUACCCUUUUACACUACGAGUUGUACAAAAGGAUGGAAAUUCUUGUGCCUGGUGCCCUUGGUUCAGAUUUUGCAGAGGUUGCAAGAUUGAGUGUACUGAAGAGGGGGCCUCCAUCGGGAAUGCUUACAUUGCUGUUGACUGGGAUCCCACUGCACUUCAUCUUCGUUAUCAAACAUCGCAAGAGCGGAUUAUUGAUGACCAUGCCAGUGUUGAACAAAGUCGACGUGCCCAGGCCGAACCUAUUAGCCUAGACAGCUGUCUUCGGGCAUUCACAAGUGAAGAGGAGUUAGGUGAGGAUGAGAUGUACUACUGCUCCAAGUGCAAGACUCACCGUCUGGCAACUAAAAAGCUUGAUCUUUGGAGACUACCUCCAGUUUUGAUUGUUCAUUUAAAAAGAUUCCAAUUUGUUAAUGGUCGCUGGAUUAAGUCCCAGAAAAUAGUCAAAUUUCCACGAGAAAGUUUUGACCCUAGUGCUUUUCUGGUACCUCGUGAAGCAAAUUGGAUUUACCGGAAGUUUUCCAGUUGUCAUUUGGAUGGUCAUACUGAUUCACGAACAUUGUCAGGGGAACUGAAGAAAUUAGAUGGGGCAAACUCUUCUGGAACUGGAAAUGGGGAUAUACUUGUUGGUGUCCCUUUAUCAUUCAGCACUAAUAUGUUAAAUAAUGUGAAAGCAUCUCCAUCUUCAUUACGGAAAAGCAGCAGUGCUUCCUCCAGCAAGAACAACAGCCCAAGUAAUAGCCCAAGGACUGUGGGAAAAAAUAAAGGGAGGUUACGACUGCCACAGCUGGGAAGCAAAAACAAGCUCUCUAAUAGCAAAGACAAUUUAGAUUCCUGCAAGGAAAAUGGUACUGAUCUAGAACAAAAACUUACUUCUGAACAAGUAGAUUUUUGUGCUAAAGCAAGUUUUUUUGGAGGAAACCAAGAUGAGCCAGUGGAAAUGGGAGUAUGCACUGCUCAGGACAGUGAAGUGACUGCAUUAAGUGGACUGAGCCAUGAAACAGGGCAGACUGGGUUUGUCAAUGGCAACAACUGCCCACUUGAAAACCACAUUGAAGAAGACAGCACAGAUGACCAAAGAGAUGAUAAUUGCCUAAAGCCUGUGUAUAAUCUUUAUGCAAUUUCGUGCCAUUCAGGAAUAUUGGGAGGGGGUCACUACGUAACUUAUGCCAAAAACCCAAAUAAUAAAUGGUACUGCUAUAACGACAGCAGCUGCAAGGAAGUAAAUUCAGAAGAAAUUGACACAGACUCUGCCUACAUCCUUUUCUAUGAGCAGGAGGGUAUAGACUGUGCACAGUUCCUGCCAAAGACUGAUGGCAAAAAGAUGGCAGACACCAGCAGCAUGGAUGAAGAUUUUGAAUCAGAUUACAAAAAGUACUGCAUCCUUCAAUGAAUGCGUCUUGUUUAGUAUAAUUAAAAGUGGAAACCACUAAUUAAAUAAGGCUUUGGUAAUUUUAUUUUUGUGUGAUUCUUAAGCACAAAGAGGAAAGCUGUAGGAUUAACGAUACAUCUGUUUAAUUGAUGGGUAACUUAAAUAGGUAUUACACUUAGUCAUGUUAGUGUCUCUCAGUUUAGUACUUAUUGAAGUAGUAACUGGAGCAUUAGCAGAGUACUUAUUUUAGCCCUCAAUAUUUUGAUUAUAUAUGAUCUAUAAAAUGCAGACCAGAGCUAAACAAAAGGUAACUCCAAAGGUCAUCUCUAACAUGUAUCCAUUCCUUCAUUUAAUUAUUUAUUUCAGUAUUGACAGCCUUAUCUACUACCUCUUUUAGUUUAGAAUUUUAACACAUUUUGAUGACUAGAAAUAACAGGUAGUAUAUUUACUGCAAAUAGAAUAGAACAUAUUUGAACCGGAACAGUUAAAAUGUUAAGGGAUUGAUUUCUUCAUUCAUAGCUAAAACAUAAUUAUAAUCUUGAGUACAUUACUGCAUUUUAUUACAAAAAAUGGCUUACUCUUGUUCAGAUUUUAAAUUUUUAUACAUUUUCCCUAGGUUUGUACCCACUUCUUAAAAUGAAUGUGAUAGGAUUAUUUUUUUUCUGAUUUUUAGUUGUAUUGUUAUUUAAGUUAUCCCCACUUCUGAAACCUGUAUAGCAUGAUUGCGUAGUAUGCAAGAAACUAGUGUCAGAAUGUUCCAGUCAUCAGUUCUUAAAAAUUGUUUUCACAAUCACAGUAAAUGUUACCUAACAUUUUGCCGUAUUUUAAAUUAAUUUUAUAAAUGAUAUUGAGCCACAUAUGGUUUGAUUUUAGUUUUCAUAUUUCGUAUAACUGUUGUCAUGCUUGACAAGGUUGUAUUUUUAUGGUGGGAGAUUUUACAUUUUAAAUAACCUCCGGAAUUUACCAGUUUUGAAACUCAACUUGUUAUCCCGUCCCUCACACUCGCAUGUAGGAAUGGAAAGGCAUUUGUGGGUCUGUAGUUCUGAUUCCUAAUGUGAAUGGUCACCAUUUCCUGACAUUGUGUUCUUCCAAGUGUAUAGCUAGCUAGCGAAGAGUGAUCAUUUCACACUCCUUUCUUAGCAAAUUCUAGUAAAUACUAGAAGUUGAAGUUUACAAAUCUGAGCCUUCCCUUGUUUGUAAUGUCUGCUUUUCCUGCUGUGGCACAAACAUUCAAAUUUCACACAGAAUGCUAAAACUGCUACUAUUGGUAGAUUACCAGACAAGAUAAAUAUAUUUUGUUUUUAGAACAAGAACAAUUUGCACAUCUUAGGACUGACUUUCCAUAAAAUGUUUACUUCUUGCUAUGUGGCUUUUUGUUUUACAAAUGUUGUGGUUUAAACCACAUGUUCUAAGUGUUAAGAACCCUUCAGAUAUAACAUAUACGCAUGUUGUCAAGUAUCACUGACUGAGUUUAAUGAAGACAUCAGUUUGAAUGAUCAUUUAUAAUAACAUUUUAAUUAAGGGCAGACAGUGCAAAAUAUACUACUGUAAUAUGUGAUAUUUGGUGUCUGUUUAAAUGUUUGUAUUUUUUUAUUUAAUGCUUAUGACCUACAAAAUAUUUAAAUUAAUUAAUAACUACAUUUUUUAUUUUGUAAAUUAUUGUAUAAACUUCUACAUUGCACUGAUUUAAAUGAGAAAAUUAUGUACAUAAGUGCUGUGUAAAUAAAUGAAAUGGCAGUGAUGUAUGAACUGUAAAGAAAAAAAAAGUAUUGGUAAUUGUAUAUGAAGUGAAACUGUUUAUCUGUAACUAUUACUCCAACAGAUUAAAUACUGUGGAUGCAAUUAAAAGUGCAGAUAUUACACUAUA